UUUAUUCUUGUUAGCUAAAUAAAAGAUUAAACAUAUAAAUAAUUUUUUUAAUAAUAAACACUCAUUUAUUUCUUUCUUUCAAAUUAUUAAGUAAAGAAUAGCUAUUUCUUAGUAUUUGCUAUAUUUAAAUAAAAUAUUUUCUUCCAAUAAAGUAAAGAUAACAAAAAUUUUAUUAGAUCAAUGAGUUUAUUUGGUGGAGGUAUGAUUGGUUAAGCAUUAGGUUUAACUAGAGGAGCAACAGUUGCACCAUAAAAUGUACCAUCUGCUCCUGUAAAUAAUUAGGGAAGCACAAAUGCAUAAAAUUUUUCCUAGGCUGUAUCUAGUUAAAUUAACACUGUAGGAUAUUAAUUUAAACCUUGCUAACCUCCAAAUUAAGCAGUUGGAUAGAAAGCUUAAAUCAAAUAAACAGAUGUAUUGACAUAUUUAUGCUGCAUUACUGGUAUCGAUUAGUUUUAAUAGUUUUCAAUGCAAGAAUUGAUGUUAAAUGAUAAAAAACUUAUCAGAUAAGGCGGAGUUUAACCACCUUAAGGGAACUUAAAUCAAAUUACAGUAGGAAUGGGAUAAAAUAACUAACCUUCAGCAUAAGCAUCUCUUGGUAUGGGAGGAGGAGGCUUAUUUGGAGGAGCCUAAUAAACAGGAGGGCUAUUCAAUGGAGGUAAUACUCAAGCAGGAGGAAUUUCAGUAAAUACUUAGCCUGCAGCAGGUGGUGGAUUAUUUGGCGGUUAAACUGGAGGUCUUGGUACAGGUUUAGGUGCCACUACAACUACAUAAGGAGGUGGUCUCUUUGGAGGUGGUACUGUUGGAGGAACAACUACUUAAUAAGGAGGACUUUUUGGAGGUGGUACUGGAGCACCUUCAAUAACGACUUAAUAAGGUGGAUUAUUUGGUGGAGCUACUUAAUAGCCUGGAGGUUUAUUAACUGGAGCUACUAAUCCUCCUCAAGGAGGGUUAUUUGGUGGUAAUGCACCAACAAUUUAGACUGGAGGAUUAUUUGGUGGAACUCCUGCUACACAAGGAGGAUUAUUUGGAGGAGCCUAGGGAACAGGUUAAAAUAAAGGAGGACUGUUUGGUACUGCACCAUAGACAGCAACUGGAUUAUUUGGCUAACCACAACCUUAAGCAGGUGUAUUUGGAUAAUAAUAAUAACAAUAAGUAAACUAACCCAACGUAAGUGAAUUAUUGAUUGAACUUCAAAGAAUUAAAGACGCAAAAUCUUUUUCAGAAGACCAGCAAUAGCAAUAAGAUAAAAUGAAGAAUAAUAAGUAUGUCUCAGACAAGAAUCAUAUUAAUCACAUAAAUUACUUAAAAAGUUAACAACAAAAGAGAAAUGUUUUGUAACAAUACACAAUUUAGAAUAAAAAUCCAAAUAAAUUUAUUGAAGCACCUUAUAAUGUAAAGGUAAAUGUGAAGUGGGAUAAUAUCAAAAGAAAUGAGUGGUAAAUACUUUAAAGAUCCCAAGACAUUAAAAAUUAGACCUACAUUAAUAUGGGAGGUGAGCAAAGAUUGUUUAGCAAUCAUAAUAGUAAUAAUAUUUUGUAUAAUUAAUUGAGAUAAAUUGAGAGAGCUUCAUAUUAAUAUACAAACAAAUCCUUAGCAGAAAAAGAAAAAGAAUACAUUUAGGAAUAGUUAGAGUCCUUUUCAAAAUCAAAUUAUUUUAAAAAGGUAUCACAGUUAGUGGAUCAAUAAUAACAGAAAAAUAUAUUAUAAGAUUCUAACCAAGAAGAUAUAAAAACUAAGGAAAAUUCAAUUGAGUAUUUAUAUGAAUAAAGUUUAAAAAAUAACCUAAAGGUAUUUGAUACUACUGUAAGCAUUAAACUUUAUUAGGAUUAGGAAUAUAAUAUAAUUAUACCAUUAAAAGUAAAAUCAUCUUAUUCUAUUUCCUAUCUUCUGACAUUGGUUUUCGAUUUCAUUGAAGAAAAAUAUAAUAUAGAUCCCUAAACUUUAGAUAUUUAUAAUAGCAAUUACGUGUUAUAUUAACCAGUCUUAGUAGAGCAUCUGCUAUAAGUAAGAAAGAAUAGUUUAAUAUCAGAUAUAGAAGACAUAGAGACAAACUAACAAGCAUAAAUAGGGCAUUUUGAAGUAUUAUAUCUUGAUCCUGAAGAAAUAGACGAAGUAUAAAAUGAAGAUGAUAUGGAGGAGGAAGAAUACGAAGAUGAAGAUUAUUAUUUUGAUGACAAUAGCAAUUAAGAUUUUUCUUAUCUUCCAAUUAUACCUGAAGGCUACUACAGCGAGCCAAACCUUAAAGAAUUAAUUACAAAAUCUCACGACCAACUCAGACACUUUAAAAAUUUUAAAAUUGGAAAUAAAUUUGCAGAAGUGUGCUUUGAAGGCGAAAUCGAUUUGAUUUAGCGUGAUUUUUCAAAAGAAAUACUAAUCAAAGAAAAUGAGGUUAUCGUUUACCCUUUUAAGCCUGAAGACUAGCCUCCUAUUAUGCCAGGUUAUGGAAUAAACGUUCAGUCAACUAUAAAAAUAUUUAAAGCAGCUAAAAUGUUGCUCUAAAAUGAAAAAUUCGACAUUUAAAAAAUAGAAAGAAGAUUAAAAAAAAUGGCAAAUAGCAAAAAUAUGGAGAUAGUUGAACCAUAUAAUCCAAAUACUGAUUCAUUUACAGUAAGAGUAUUACAUUUUUGA